CCACGCCCGGCUGCUCGACUCAAGCGUCGCUGUCGCCGUCAUGUCGACGCCGCGCCGCUCUGCGCGCCUCUCGGCCUCGCCGCCGCCCUCGAUGCCCGCGCCCUCCCUCUCGGCGCUCCUUGCCGCGGCAGAGGGCGACGGCGGCAGCACCGCUGCGCGCACGCCCCGCACCCCGCGCAGUGCCGCCGCCCGCAGCGCCACGGCCACACCACGCCGCUCGGCGCGCCUCUCGCCCGUGCCGGUACUGGCGGCAGAGGAGGAAGAGGCCGAGCUGGAGGACGACCUGCAGCCCGAAGAGCCCGAGCAGGAGGAGCUCGUCGAGGAUGAAGAGCUGGCAGAAGAGCAGAGCGUGCCCGUCGCGGCCUCGUCGAGCGCCACGACGCCGCCCGCCUCGCUCUCGCGGCGACGGAAGGGUGCAGACGCCUCGCUCUCGCCGCCGCGCGCCUCGUCGGCCCGCGCCUCGCCGGCACGGAUAGCGUCGGGCGCCUCGUCGCACUCCUCGGCCGACGAGGUCAGCACGACGCUGGCCCUGCUGCCGCCCGCGCCGCUGCGGCGCCGCAGCGCCCGGCGCGUGACGCUGGCGCAGCUGCCGCUGCUGAUGCUGCUGCUGCUGCCGCUGGCGCUGCUGCUGCCGCUGCCCGACAAGCCCUUCACACGGCGCACGUACGUCGACGAGAACGCCCUGUCGCCCGGCUCGACGCGCGUCGAGUGGACAUGGCAGGCCGUGUCGUGGGCCGACGACCUGGCCUCGCAGAUAGCGCUGCUGCCCGAGUCGUCUGAAGCCCGAGCGGCCUUCGUGCAGCGCACACUCGUCUCCUACGGCCUCGCGGCAGACGUGCAAUCCUACUCGCUCGCUCUGCCCGGCCAGACCAGCGACGGUGCCUCGCGCUCGCUGCACGGCAUCAACGCCUAUGGCCAUUUGCGAGCGCCGCGCGCCGACGGCCGUGAGGCCAUCCUGCUUCUGGCGCCGUGGCUGUCGCGCGCGCGCAACCCGGCGCCGGAGCGAGGCCAAGGCGCACGCACGGCUGCCGAGGCUGACGGCGGACCGCGGCGGAACGUGCGUGGCAUCGCUGCGAUGCUCGCGUGGGCACGCUGGGCUGGACAGUUCUCCAACUGGUCCAAGGACUUCAUCUUCGUCUUCCCCGAUGGCGAGCUCGAGGGCACGCAGGCGUUCAUCUCGGAGUACUACGGGCGCGCACAGUCGAAUCUCGGGGCCGAGGCACUGCAGCUGCCGCGCGCGCAGAUCUGGAACGCCGUUGCGCUGGACUACCCGGCCGACUCCUUCUCCGACAUCCAGCUGCUCUUCGAGGGAGCCGAUGGCGCACUGCCCAAUCUCGACGCGCUCAUCUCGCUCGCACACGUCGCUGCGCAUGAGGACGGCGUGCCGGUGCGGCUCGACGCGCCGCGGCCUGACGGUCAGCGCGAAGACGAGGCUCGCGCGGCGCUUGGCUGGCUGGGCGAGCAGAUGGAGCGCGGCGCGAUGGGCCAGGGCGCGGCACUGCGCUACCUCCAGGGCGUGCGCAAUGCUGUGACUCAGAUCGGGCGUGCUGCUGGUGGUCGUCCGAGCGGCGUGCAUGGGUUGCUGCACCGCUACCACAUCGAUGCCUACACGAUCUACGCCACACCAGCUGACGGGCCGUAUGGCUUCUACAACAUCGGCCGGGUUACCGAAGGCGUGCUGCGCACCUACUCGAACCUGCUCGAGCGGCUGCACCACUCGCAGUUCUUCUACCUGCUCACCUCGCCGCAGCGCUUCAUCCAGCUCGGCACCUUCCUGCCCGUCGCGCUUGUGCCGUCGCUGGCAAUGACGCUGCGUGGCCUGCUGCUCUGGGCCUCCGAGGGCGCUGCGGCCGACCAGCGCGCCGCCUCGCUCGUCGCUCGCGCAGGCCUGCCGCAUCCGACAGACGUGCCGCUGGCGCGCGAGACGGCGCACGAACAGCUCGCCGGCCUGGUGCGCGGCGCCAUUGCACGGGGUGCCGUACUCGGUCCGCAAGGCGUGCAGCAGCUGCGGCAAGCGCUGUCGCGCACCUCGCGUCCGACGUUUCUGGCGCUUCUCGCCGUGCUCCUGGCGUACGCGCUCGGAGGCGCCGUCUUCAAGCUCGCCACCACGAUGUCGCUCGAGUGCGCACGCGAUGGAUACUUUACCUGCGUGCCGUUCGUCGGCAGCAUGGGCGUCCUGGCGCUCUCGAUCAUCUUCGUGCCGCUGCUGCUCUCGCACCUCAGCACCCGCACGUCCGCCGAUGCAGCGUCUGGGCCCAAGGCGCACGAGGGCAGUGAGGCCGAGGCCAAGACUCUGCGUCGCCUCUCGCUUGCUCGCACGCUGCACGCCCUCACGCUGCUGCAGGCCGGCAUGCUCAUCGCUUGCGUCUCGGUGCUCAAUUUCUCCCUCGCACUCCUCACCGGCAUCGCCCUGGCCCCUGCCUUCCUCACGCUGGCGAUCCCGGCCGGCAACAACGUCGGAGCCGCACGGCGCGUCUGGCUGCUGGUGCAGGCACACAUCCUGCUGCCCGUCCUGCAGCCGACGUUCUUCCUGCUCGACCUCGACUCCGUCCUCGAGGCGUGCCACAGCGGCUCGCUGCCCGCGCUGCCGUCCUUCCUGCGGCCGCUGCUCGCCAUCAUCGACCUGACGCCGCGCGGCUGUGCGCCCGUCGAUGCGUCGCGCCAGCUGCUGGCUGCCGGCCUGCGCGACUGGCACGUCUUCGGCAGCGCCACGCUGCCCUUCCUCACGCUCGCAUACGGGCCGCUGCUGCUGCAGGCAUGCUUCGCCGCCACGCUCGCGGCGAUGGCCUGAGGCAUCCCUCUAAUCUAAUGCGCAAAGGUAACACGCAAUGGAAUGCGAGCGUGCAUGGAUGCGGUGA